AUGGGUCUCACCACGAGCAGCAACACUAAGACUUCGGAAGCUGACUUCGUACAGAGGGCGCACAGCAGCUAUAGUGCAUCGAGAUCAUCAAACGAGUCGGACCACCUCGCAGAUGCCUUGGCGCGACUCUCCAUCAGCUCGCAUUCAGGGCGGCCAGAUACCUUAGCGGAUACGUUCACGCGUCUCUCCAUCAGCUCAAAACGGUUACAGACUUCAUACUCAUCGGAGUCUGAGAGAUUGCAGUCUUGCGAUGGAGACAGUCGCCGUCGUAGCAGCGACGAGCUAUCCGUCACAUCGGAAAGCACUGGCUCACCUGACGACUCGGCAUCAACGCUUGUCAUUGCGUCCUACCGCCCCCCGACGACGCCGAGGCGGCGCCCCCAGCUGCCGCAAGUCCCGAAGUCAGUUCCGGCGGCGCAGAGGUCGCUGGCGGUAGCAUCACCUCUGAAGACACCUACUAGGCAGGCCAGAACAAUUUCGGCUCCGGUGUCGCCUGAUGGGAGUCCGCCGUGUCCUUCGAUCAAAAAGACGGUGACAUGCUCCGGGUUUACGAAGAAGGGUACAAAGUGCUUAAACCCAGUAUCGGUAUCAGUGCCCCCAGGUCAGCGCGAUCAAGUCGAUGACGAACCAUAUUACUGCCAUCUGCAUAAGAGAAAGGCGAGGGUGGAGGUGGAGUUUCUCUCACGAGAGUCACAUGAAUGGGUCUACUUCAAGGGUGAUUAUUCCCUUGCUAUGGAUAUCAUGCAAAGAACCCAAGAGAAGAUCAGGAAGGAGAUGGUGCUGGCGCCCUCCGACGCUGAGGAGCCCGGAUACAUCUACGCAUUGAAGAUAGACGAUUCGCGAUCGGACGCAAUUCAUAUCAAAGUCGGGCGUACUGGGGACGUAGGGAAGCGUUUGGCAACGUGGAAGAAGGAGUGUCGGUCCAAGCGGUUUUUCUUACUUGGGUCCUGGCCUUCCACUGAAGAUGCAGACGCGGGGAAACCGAGCCCAUACUCCCAUCGCCUUGAACGGCUCAUCCUUCUCGAGUUCGAAGAUUAUGCGGAGAACGGCCCUUACCUGCACCCAGACUUCCCAGAUGUGAAAGGGGAAAUGUGCAGUGAAAACGGCAUCGCUCGAACAGGCCAAGCCUGCGGCGAUUGCAAGGUUUUCCACAGGGAGAUCUUCACCUUCAAACGUACGAAGGAGGGCAACGAGUGGGAAUCCCACUUCAAGCCGAUCAUCGAGAAGUGGGAAGUCUUCGGCAGGGGUUCAUUGUACGGCUUCGCGUUGUCGAUGCUUGGGCGCUUGCCAGAUAGAGAACAAUAG